AUGCUAAUUAACUAUAAACAAACGUCAACUAGCCUCGAUUUAUUGAAUACGACGCUAACAAAGUAUAUUAAUACGAAAACAAUCGUGUCUCCUCUAAUAGAUAUGAGAUUAUUCGAAGUCAAUAUAGUCGUUUUAAUUUCAAGUAAUAGUAGUUUCCGUUAUGAGGGCGAAGUAAAUGCUGAUGGUGAACGGCAUGGGGAAGGUUAUUGUUAUUAUCCUUAUCAGAGUAAAUUUGAAUGGUGUGGAGAAUGGAAAAAUGACAUGUGGCACAAAGGUAUAUUUACAUGGACAGAAGAAAGAACCCAUUUUAUCGGUACUUGGGAAGGUGAUAAAUAUGCCGGUAUUUAUAGAAAUUAUAACAAUGGUGUUUAUACCGGAGAAUGGCGUCAUGGCAUUGCACACGGCAAGGGAAAGAUAGAAGACAGUGAUGGUAAUUGGUACGAUGGUGAAUGGUUAGAUGAUAAACGAAAUGGAUUUGGUACUGCUCAUGCAUCUGGGGAGUACAUUUACGAAGGUUCAUGGGUAAACGAUAAUGCUCACGGUUUUGGAACCAUGACGUACUUGCCACGAGGUGAUGUAUACGUUGGAGAGUACAAGGAAGGACACAGACAUGGAACAGGAACAUUAAGAAUGACAAAUGGCGAUUAUUUUGAAGGACAGUUUGAAAAUCAAUAUUUUUGGUCCGGCAAUAUGUCUUUUCGAUACCAUAGUGGAGAUGUGUAUAAAGGAGAAGUGAAACUUGGAAAGUGGGAUGGACAAGGACUGUAUGUUUUCGCCGAUGGUCGAAUAUACGAAGGAGAAUGGAAAGACGGUGUUGAACACGGCAAUGGAAGAAUGACCUAUGCUGUAGAUGAGGUUUACGAGGGAGAAUUUAAAAAUGGAUACAGAGAUGGUAAAGGAAAAUACACAUGGGCAAAUGGUGAAUGGUUUGAUGGAUAUUGGUUGGAAGGGAAACGGAAAGGUUUUUGUACGUUUCGAUGCAAUAGUGGAUUUGAAUAUACCGGAGAAUAUGAGAAUGAGAGCGCCAACGGAUGGGGAGUGUGUUCCGUCAAAAGAAAACUAAAGAUAAAUCAACAAGUAAAAGAAACAAGAUCAAAUAUUUCUCAUGUUAGAAAAUCAAGUCGUGCUGAAAUAGGAGUAACAGCAAUCGGGAAGAAAAAGCCAACAAAGUUGGAUAAAGAAUCGUCAAAAUCAUCAGCUAGCUCAAGAUCAAAUACAAAUGGAAGUGUUAAAGUAAGUCUAUUAAUGACAAAUCACGUCUAUGAACGUGUUUUAUGGUGGUAA